AUGUCCGAGACAGUCAAAGAUUACCUCUCGACGCCGCCGUCGGCGCGCCUCGACAGCCCAAACUCGGUGCAUGCCUGGCUGACGGCGCUCGACUCUCAGGCGCUGACCGCGUACGGCUCGCUGUCCGAUAGCCUGCGGACCAAGUUCUGCCGCGCCCUCAUCUCGGACCUCACCAACGCAACGGGGGCUCGGCAGGCGCCGAUCCCGUCCAACUCGCGGGCUCGCGGCAAGUGGUCGCCCGAAUUGCGGCUCCUCUCGCUCAAGGUGCUCAAGGAGCUCAGCCGUCUGCCCGGUGGCAGCUCGCCGCUGGCCGAACGGCAAGGUCUCGAGAGCCUGCUGCUCCAAAUCGACUUCCCACCCGCAAAGAGGAGCGCAGCUCGCAAAGGACGAAAGUCGGGCUCGUCGGGCAACUCGUCGCCUCCUCCCGCCCUCUCCUCCUCGCCCUCGUUCGCUGGCACGCUUAGCAGGGCGCUGCGAAGACCAAAGACGCCGUCCUCCGGCUCCAGAGGCAGCGACACUUCACCCCGCCUUUUUUCCACCGCCAAGCCCUCCCACGCUGAUUCGGACGAGUCCGCCACCAUCGACGAGGAGCCAGCCCCGUCAACCUCCCCGAACGACGGCGCACCGGACUGGCAGAUUACCGACAUGGCGCUCCGCUGCCUCAACAACGCCCUCUUUCUCCACGAGGCAUCGCGGCUCGAAUUGUCCAGCGAGGGAGUCGCAGGUGGCCAGACGGCCGUGGCGCUGCUGGCCAACCCUAGCGAGACGCCGGUCGAUGUACUCUUCCUCGGCUCUCGCCUCCUCUUCUUUGGCACGCUCUUCGAGUCGCCCCUCAACCGCACAGCCGUCGAAUCCUUCGGAGUGGUUCGGAAGGAGGCCGACUGCGUCCGGACCCUGCUCAGGACGAUCCGGGAGAGCGAGAACGGCGAGGCAGCACCUUCCAGGCAGUCGACCCUGGUCGCCUCCGCGACGGGGACGCAGCUGGCAACGGCGCUAUCGGACCUGCUCAAGGCGCACUUCAAUCUUUGCCUCUACUACCCGAGGCUGGCAAGCAGCAGCAGUGGCAGAAGCAGCAGCGGCGCACAGAGCAACGACAACGUCGACCGGGGCGACGACAUCUCGGCGUCCAACUCUGCCGGUAAUGGCACCGCGAGCAACGGCAACGGCAAGAGCGAAGCAUUGCAGGACCGCGCCGUGGCAGGAGAGAGCUACCACGAGGCGCUCGACGACAUGCUGGAUCCUGUGCUCGAGGUCGUUGCUUCACUACCCCUAUCUGAGCCCGUGCCACUUAUCCCUCCGAUGACACACGCCAUCGCAGCGCUGCUCAAUUAUCCCCUCAAGGGCUACCACGAGCGGUGGGCUAGCCGCUCCCUGGACCAGCACGGUCUCGGGCUCUCUGAGCUCGGCAACGACUCCGACAGCCGCAACGCUUCACCGACUGGUUCCCCCACGGGCAGCACUGCUCGCAAGCUGGCCGACAGCGUCAGCGCCCUCUUCUCCUCGUCCUCCAGCAGCUCAGCAAAUCGGCGCGGGAGCAAGUCGGCAGCCUCGACAUCGGCGCCCGCGGAUCAUGGCCAGACCGCCUCGUCACCGCCGUCGCCACGAGCAGCCCGGCAGACUACUGCUUUCAGCCGCGAAAUUUCCCGCGCAUCGACAGCAGCGCUCGAGACCGCGCCGCCGGUGCUGUCUCGGCUUCUUGUCAUCGCCGAUCGGGUGCUGGACCGGUACCUCAGCGCCGCCGCCGCGGACGACGGUCCCACCCAGAACGGGUCGCACAGCGUCGAAGAUCCAGACUCGAAACAGGUUCGAGCUGCCGCCAACCGCGACGGCGUCGAGAUCGAGGACACGGUGCCGCCGCUGCUCUUGCUGCUCCGCAAGAUCGCCGCAGACGACGGCACCUUCCGACAUUCGAUGCGAUCAAUUCUGCUGCCGUCAGACCUCGACCGAUCGAGGCCGCUAGACAAGCGGCUGGACCUCCUCGGUCGACUGGUGCGCCUGAUGUCGUCGGUGAUGCUGCAGCGGACCGCUCGCGCCGCCGGCGAGAUGCUCCUGGCAAUCUGCGAAUCAGACCCCAAGUCGAUGACCGAGGCCAUCGGUUACGGGCCUUGCGCCGGCUUCCUCAUGAACAGCGGCCUCGCCAGCGCCUUGCCUCCUUCGUACACCAACGGGAACGGGUCUUCUCCCGACGGUUCUGGGCGCACCGUCAACCCAAUCACGGGUCAAUUUGACCCGACCGCCGAGGAGCUGGCAGCGGACAUGGACAGCAUGACGGAGGAGGAAAAGGAGGCCGAGGCCGAAAAGCUCUUCUGCCUGUUUGACCGGCUGAACCGCACCGGCGUGGUCAAGGUACAGGAUCCGAGGGAGAAGCUCCACGAGGAAGGCAGGUUCGAGGAAAUCGACGGGGCAAGGGAGGACGAGGAGCGGAGGAGGAUGGAGGAAGAAGACGAGAACGACGAGCGGAUCGUCGAGAGGGAGAUGCGGGAGCGGAAAAAGAGGAUGGAAGAGGCGAGGAGGCGGGCGAGGAAGCUGGCGGGCAAGGCGCCCGAAGCAGACGAGGGCGAGCGCGGCGAGCGGAUCGGCGACGAGGCGCCAGCACCCGUGGCCAAGACGUAG